UCGGCGCGCAUGCGCGGUGCCCGCCCACUGGGGAGAGGAAGGAGGGAGGCGGUGACGGUGAAAUGAUGGCGACGUUCUUCGGGGAGGUUGUGGUCGCUCCGUCCCGGGCCGGCGUGGACGAUGAGGAGGAGACCGAGGAGACGGCAGAGGAUCGGGAGAUCCGCAGGGAGCUGCAGGAGAAAAGGGAGAUCGCCGUGCUCUGGACGCCGGGAGCCGCGGGGAGCCCCGCCGAGGAACCCCUGCCCUGCUCCCGGUUCGUGGUCGCCGUAGGACACAACGCUGCCGCUUUCCUGUCUUCUUUUAUUCUGGAUUCCGUACGUUGGAAAGUAGUUGGAGCUGUGAAACUGUGGAAUGAAUGGUGCCAAACAACCAAUGCAACAAGUGUCCUCCCAACAGAUUCUUUCUGCUUGUUCUAUCAAUUAAUAUCAGAUCCAACAGUUUUGUUGUGCCAGUGUAGUUGCUAUGUUGCUGAAGAUCAGCAGUUCCAGUGGCUUGAAAAGGUUUUUGGCCAUAUAAGAAAGGAAGGCUUGCAAGUAACUAUUCUUUCAACGUGUCCCGUAGCUGAAUACAAAACUCAGGAAUCCACUUUGACGCUUCCAUCUCCAUUUCUGAAAGCCUUAAAGACGAAAGAAUUCAAAGGGGAGGUUUGUUGUCCACUGCUGGAGCAACCAAACAUCGUGCGAGAUCUUCCUGCUGCUGUUCUGAGUUACUGUCAAGUGUGGCAGAUUCCUGCAGUGUUGUACCAGUGCUAUACUGAUAUCAUCAAACUGGACACAGUUACAAUUGAAGCAUUCAAGCCUCUGCUUUCUUCUAAACCCCUGAAGAAUUUAGUCAAGGAUGUAUCUGAAAGCACAAAGGUAUUGAAGAAGUUGCUGACAACCGGUGAAACUCACAAUAAUAUCUACAUCUAAAGAGGACGCUUGUUUUAAACUCCAGAUUCUUCCAUAGAGGGCACUUUGGAAUUGUAGUUAUUUCUUCAGAAGUUGUACUUGAUAUUUCCUUUUGAAUUCAUUUGGUUACUUUCUAGUUCAUCACAAUACACACGCAGUUUGUCUGUAAGAGAUGGAAGACCUUCUCCAGGAGCAGCUUUGUGAGGAAAGAUAUCUUAAAUAUGACGAGUAAUUACUUCUUCCUGAGGGAGUUGUCUUACCUAAACUGACUCUUCUUAUAUAUAAAAUAAUAAAUACUGUCAAUGUGUUCUUGUUUGUUUUCUACUUUGGUUUAUAUUACUUAACUUAAACGUUUCUAUGGUGAAGAAAAUAUUAUGUAUGUAUAUGUAUGUACGUGUGUAUAUACAUAUUUUUUAAUAUAGAAUGAUACGUUUUAAGGGAUUGAUAGUGGAAAAUAAGCUUGCUUUACAAAGACACAGGAAUGCAGGUCUUGUUUGAACUCAUGGGAGAGCUGUGAGUUGGAUUCACGGAGGAAAGGAUCCCAGCAGUUCAGGAUGGCAGUGAACAGAGGUGUUUAAAUUGCGCACAGCUCAUCCUUAGGUGCAAUAAGAAUACAGCAGUUAUGGAGCUCUCUGCAUUAUACUGCAUGUCCAUCCAGUGAGACCUUAUGUCCUUCUGUGAAUCUGCCAUCCCUUCUGGUUGGGAAAUUGUUGGCUAAGUCAGUGUCCACUGAAGUAAUGACAGGCUUCAGCAACCCCACUGGAACUUCUGUUAGUUUGGGGUUUUAUUUGAUGCUUUAAACCACACGCUGUCUCGCAGUUGCCACUGUAGUGGAACAUUCUUGAUGUGGGUUCGAAGUUGAUUAUUACUCAAGACAUUGAUGUCAACUUCAGUUAAUAUAGCUGGAAUUAAGCAAGUAACUGUUACUUGAAACGAUACUCCGUUUUCAUAUGGACUCGUAAAGUGCAGGAUAUGGUUCCUCCUAUUAUUUUAAUGUUGGUUUUUGGUUUUUUUUACUUCUGUGUAGCAUUUUAAUUAAAACCUGUUUUUACAGCUGA